AUGGCCACACUACACUACCUCCCUCCUGUCAAGCCUUCAGCGAUCGCGCUCGGCAUCGUCUUCAACCAGGCCGCCUCCGCCGGCGUCCUGGCCCCUCUCUUCGGUGACACCUACCACCGUGCCAAGGCCGCGGACAGCAAGGAGGAAUUCUUCAAGUCCAAGGAGACCGCGACUGCCGCUGCUAGCUGGGGCUCUUCGCUCGUCGGUUCUGCCAUUCAGACAUAUGGUGUCGCUGCCCUGAUCAACGCUACCGGUACUCUGUCCUACAAGGGAGCUGCCUACUUGGGUGGUCUGAUCUUCGCUGCUACAUACUCUCCAUCGCUCGUCUCUCAGGUUGUUGUCGAGCAGCGACCUCUGGACACUGUCGCUGUCGGCGUUCUCAGCCGUGUCUUCGAGACGGUCGGCCUCAGCUUGUUCCUCACAUACUGGGGCACUCGAACCAACCCAUUCGACUAA